UUGCUCAGCAAUUUACAAUCACAGUGGAGGGUUCUAAGACCCUUGAGCGAUGUCAAUCUGUCAUAACACACUCUAUAUUCCUUGUCUUCUGUUGUCUUCUUGGCGAUGUGACCGAUGUGACAUGGCGUCCGGUUAGAAAGAAAGUUGACUUUAAAUGCCGUUGUUUUUAUGACAUUGACCAAACGAAAAGGGAACCUCCGAGGCCGCGAAUUUCCCCUAGACACAUGGUGGUGAUGCAUGCGAGGAAACCACAGAGGAUCAGCGAUGGGUACUUCGAAAAGCACCAGGCCCAUCCCUAUCAGAACGCAAAGUAUAACAGUUCUAAGGGUGGCUACUCAUCGUCGACCACGUCGGAUAGUCGCUACGAGGGGCGGAUGCGAGAUUCCCCGAAUGGCAACUCGUAUAGUCCAGCCGGUGGUUUGGGAAUGGGUAUGGGGGCAGAUCGAGACAGUCCCCGUAAUUACGCCAGUAAGCCUCUUUACAAGAAGGAGAGAGAAAAUAGAGACUACAAGUUAUCCUCCUCUAGGGACAAGUAUUCCGAUUGUGCACGAUCUCCAAAAGACAAGAGAAGCCGCGAAAGCAGAGAUUCAGAACACAGGACCAAUCAUGAUAGGAGCAGUGGAGAGAUUCUUCACCCCAUAAAAAUAUCUUCAAACUCGUCUAGAGAAUCUUCUUCACAGCGGAAGCCGACACACAAUUCGUGUCAGGAUAAACGUGGCGAUGAACGAGGAGGAGCGAUGGAACGAACGGCCAGGUUCGGCGACUGGUCGGAGCAUAUGAGCUCAUCAGGAAAGAAGUAUUAUUACAACUGCAAAACGGAGGUUUCGCAAUGGGAGAAACCAAGAGAAUGGAUUGUUCGGACAGACAGUCGCCAGCGCCAAUCCAAUGACUACUCCUCUAGGUCAAGUCAUGAUAAACAUUCCAACUCGCGCUCAAACAGUGGCGGUGGCAGUGGUGCGCGAGAUGGCAAAUCCUCGCGGCAAGCUGACAAGCGCGAAUAUUGGGUCUCAUGUGGUAGCAGCGGCGGGAACAGUAGUCGAGACGACGUCUCGUCGUCGCGAGAUCGGGAACGAGAGAGAGAAAAGGAACGAGAAAGGGAGCGAGAAAGGGAACGAGAGACCUGCAGGGAGGAGGUGGGAGUGGAACGACAGGCGCAGGACAUGGACAUCUCGCCCGGCGAUUCCACGCCCACCUCAGAACCUUUAACGUCUAGUGUUCACGAUCAAAUGCCUCAAGGGCCGGUACUUUUAGCUACUGCGUUACCUCGAUUAACAUCACAUCCGUCAACAACACCACAGGCAACGGCAAAAUUAGGUUCCCCGACGCAACAACAUGGAAACAGUAAUGCUCCGGGGCCGCCUGUGUCACUCGCUAAUUUACCUAGGAUUCUUUCACAAAUUACGGGUCAUAAGGAGCAGCCUGACAUCACACCUCAAAAAGCCCUUCAGACUCUUCAGACGGCAAUUAUGUUGUCCAGACAGCAAUCCGGAAGCGGAGAUCGAGAACGUGAUCGGCUCAACAGUGCAAAUGAUGUGAUGGCUCCACUAAAAGUGGAUACCAGCGGUAAUGUAACUAGCGAGGGGCCACCAACGCCCACGCAUUCUGAAACUCAGGACUGCAUCGAUGUUCGAAAAAUGUCGAGUCCUGGACCUACGAAUUCUAGUGUUCAAGGUCUCAGUUCCCUGCAAGGGCUAAGCACAUUAGGUUCUCUAGGAAGUUUAGGCAACGGUGGCGGCUUGCAGGCACUGUCCAGAGUACAACCACCUCUUACGCCGUCCCUAACGCCUUCGCUCGCAAAUCAUUAUCGGGAAGACUUAACGCAACAUGUGCGUGCUUUCCCCGCAGACAUUCUAGAAAAGCAGGCGCAAAAGCUUAGCGAAGAAGCACAUACGAUGGGCAGUUUACAAUGCACACGCGUAUCCGCAGAAUUAAAAACUGCGCGAUCGUUAGUCAGAUUGACGGAAAUUCAAGCUACGUUACAGGAACAGAGGAUAUUGUUCCUUCGUCAGCAAAUUCGGACGCUAGAGGAGCUGAAAUCCCAAAAUUCCUUCAUGUCUGAUGAUUCUUAGUGUAAGGGACUUUAUAAAAUAAUUAUUACAACCUAUAAUUAAUUCAUGAAAAAAAAUAAUAAAAACAUACUUAUUAAUAUUCUCAUUAAUAUUGAAUAAUUAAGAUUGUACCUAAAUUAUAAUAUCAAUGAUAGAAGUGAUAUAAAUAGUGAAAAUGACUGGGCUGCCCGGAGGGGCUCGGGCUGUAAGCGACGUGACAGCCAAUGAGUCUUAUAAUAAUUAUUAAUUAAUUAGUGAAUGCGCACCUCUCCGAAACUGUGCAGCCUACCCAAGACAACAUUCAUUCACGACACAGAAAAAAAAACAAACACUUAAAUAGAAAAAAGCGAAACAAUUUACUUCGAAUUGUACCAAAUUGUAUAUCUGAUCUUGUCCACAUCGUCUUGUACUACCUGUUAUAUACGUGUCAAUGUUUCAUAUCCCAUGGUAAAGUGGCAUUUUAAAAUAGUUGAAUGAUCAUUGGUUCUGUUGUAAAUCUCGAAAUAAAAGUCAUGCCACAAGUUUUAAUUCAGUUCUUCAUUACUGCUGUUAUCGCGCGUGCUCUUAUCGGCCUCUAUUUCAUUUCUCGACUCUCUCUCUCGUCCAUUUGACCUUGUGUCAACAUUUAUCUUAUGCAGAGAGUAGAACGGAAGAGAAAUAAUGAUAUUGUAAAUAACAGAUCUCGUCAAAAGAGGGUCCAUCGUGCGAACGUUUCAAGAGGUUUUUGAAGCGCAUUUCUCAUAAUUGAAAUAGAAGACGCCUUUUUUAUGCCUUUUGCAAUAUUGACCUGCGUCCUUUUUUUCUACGAAUUUUCCUUUUACGCCACUUCUAACUGAGAACGCACAGCACUGGUAUUAGGCCUUGUGGCAAGUGAAAAAUAUUAAUUGGUCACUGUAUUCAGUAUUUAUUGAGCUUUUAUUUCCGAAUAUAAUGUUUAAA